UCCAGGCUGAGAGCCUUUUUAGAGCCGUUCAGUGGAGCCAGAGUGCCUUUUUGUCUGUUGAUACGAUCAGGGGACUGGAGGAAGUGAAGGAGCUUGAGAGUUUUUCUGUCAACCUCUGUGCCUCUUCUUCCUGCUGCCGCUGCUGCUGCUCCCAAGGAGAUUUGAACAGGGCUGUUUCCCUCUAUUCUGCUGUGCUCCAGCAGGGCAGUCCAUUCAACAUGAAGGGCACAGGGCAGACUAGAAGAUGUCCGCAGAUGCGUUCGGAGCCGGGGGCAGCGAUGCCCAGCAGACCCUUCAGUCCUUCUGGCCUCGAGUCAUGGAGGAGAUCAGGAACCUGACUGUGAAGGAUUUCCGUGUGCAGGAGUUGCCUCUGGCUCGAAUCAAAAAAAUCAUGAAGCUGGAUGAGGAUGUCAAGAUGAUCAGUGCAGAGGCUCCUGUCCUGUUUGCUAAGGCAGCACAGAUCUUCAUCACAGAGCUCACCCUCAGAGCGUGGAUCCACACCGAGGACAACAAGAGACGCACGCUACAGAGGAAUGACAUUGCCAUGGCAAUAACAAAGUUUGACCAGUUUGACUUCCUGAUUGACAUUGUGCCCCGGGACGACCUGAAGCCGCCUAAACGACAGGAGGAGAUGCGUCAGUCGGUAGCUCCAGCAGAGCCGGUGCAGUACUACUUCACUUUGGCCCAGCAGCCUGGAGCUGUACAGGUGCAAAGCACACAACAGGGCCAGCAGGCCGGCGCACAAACAGCCACGACCAUCCAGCCUGGACAGAUCAUCAUCGCUCAGCCACAGCAAGGACAGAUGCUGCAGGGUGCCACCAUGCAGCAGUUGCAGCAAGUGCAGAUGCUGCAAGGGGCCACCAUGCAGCAGUUACAGCAGGUGCAGGUGCAGUCACAGGGCACACCCAUCACGAGUGCACCUGUGACCAUGCAGGUGGGUGAGGGCCAACAGGUACAGAUUGUCCAAGCUACAGCAGGUCAAGGUCAGACAGCUCAAGCCCAAGGCCAGACCAUGCAGGUCAUGCAGCAGAUCAUCACCAACACGGGAGAGAUCCAGCAAAUUCCAGUGCAACUAAACACGGGCCAGCUACAAUACAUCCGUCUAGCCCAGCCUGUGUCCGGAGCGCAAGUGGUCCAAGGACAGAUUCAGACUCUCGCCAACGCCCAGCAGAUCACACAGGCAGAUGUACAAGGACAACAGCAAUUCAACCAGUUUACUGAUGGACAGCAGUUGUAUCAGAUUCAGCAGGUGACGAUGCCCGCAGGACAGGAGCUGAGCCAACCGAUGUUCAUUCAGUCCACCAACCAGACAGUUGAGGCGCAGGUCACGCAGGUCAACACCGAAUGAGCCCGACCAGGAACCUUUUUCUCCACACACACAACACGCAUACCAGCCCGUGUGAUGCCGCCAGAUGCCACCAACUUUCGACACAGGACGCUUGAUCAACUUGAUUUUAAGCACUUCUCAUGUAGACGAGGGUCCUGAAAUCUUGUAACCCCUCCUUUUUUUUUGUAAUGCAUUUAGGAUAAAAAAAACAAAAACAAAGGGACACUGAUUGACUCUCUCAAAAGUACUCAUUAAGUUGCAUCGAUGCUUAGACACUGUUGACUUUUUGUACUUUCACCCACAUCUUUAAAGAAAAUAUGCAUCCACUGCCACAGACCCCGACUCCAGUCUCUCCACAGAUCAACUCUACUAUUCUUCCUCUCAUCUCAUGUCCAAACUACAAAGAAUCUUUUAACAUAAAAAAGUGUGCUUUAUUCCUGGCACCUUCCUUUUCACUCUUUAUUUGGAAAUGAAUUGGGAAAGUGUCCAUCUGUCAUACAUGACCUGCUCCUGGCAUUACUAGGGGAUUCUUCACCUGCUUCCCUUCUGGGGGAAACUAAUCAUACUUAAUUGUUUUCCAUGUAGGUGAUGGAUAAAAUGAAGCCAUAUACCUCAGAUAUCACUUUUUACAGCAAGUCAAUCUAAGGGAUCUCGAGAAGAGAUUAUAAGGUUCAAUGAUUAAUUCAUGUAGUUUCUCUUUUGUGUUUUUUUCUCCACAUUGACGAUGAAGCAUGACUUUUAUGGUUUAAGGGCUUCAAAAUUGUAUAGAUUAACUGUAUGUGUGUGUGUGUUUCAAGCAGCCUCACCACUGUCAUCUUUACUCUUCCAUGUUUCAUCCACUCUUUCUUCCCCCCUCUGGCUUUAGAGCAGGGAAUCUCUUCUCUGCCUCUAUGCAGUUUCACACAUCCCUCUCUACCCCGGUGGUUUUGGAGUCUUGUGCCCUGGUUUAAGUCUCAUGUACAAACACAUGACUCCGUCUGGAGAAGAGGAAAAAAAAAAACACACUUUUUUAUAGAACUCCCUUUUUUCCAUUACAAUUGUUUUUCUUUUGGUUUUGAGAUGAUGUUUGGCCUCGUAUCUUCCCCAUCGUGUUUUGUACAGUAAUGAUUAUUAUGAAUGUUUUAUGAUUGUUUUUUGUUUUUUUGCAUGUAGUUGAAACUGCCAGCAUGACAUGCAAUAGAUAGGUACAAUUUUAUUUUUGACGUUCCUUUUUGUAAGCAAACUUUGUUUGUGAGAAAAAUAAAUACAAACCAUAACUUGUCUAAGAGUUUCGA